UCCAAAAUGUUUUUCCCUCCACAGGCAAUGGAGACCCAGAAUGUAUCCACUGUCACUGAGUUUCAGUUGCUAGGAUUCCAGAACUCUCUUGAAUGGCAAAACUUGCUCUUUGCCAUUUUUCUGAUCAUUUACUUCCUUAUGGUUUUGGGGAAUGUUAUCAUCAUCACGGUGGUGAGCCAGGACCAGCUACUGCACCUACCUAUGUACCUGUUCCUCAAGCACCUCUCUUUUUUAGAGAUCUGGUAUACCUCCACCAUUGUACCACUUCUCCUGGCCAACUUACUCUCGUGGGGCCAAGUCUUCUCCUUCUCUGCUUGUAUGGCCCAGCUCUAUUUCUUUGUCUUCUUUGGGGCUACAGAGUGCUUUCUUCUGGCCAUGAUGGCCUAUGACCGAUAUCUGGCCAUUUGUAGCCCACUUCACUAUUCCUUCUUGAUGAGUCCUGAUAUCUGUGCCAAAUUGGCGGCUAUCUCCUGGUUGACAGGGAUUGGCACAGGCUUUCCACCUUCACUGAUGAUUUCCAAGUUGGAAUUCUGUGGACCCAACCAGAUCAAUCAUUUCUUCUGUGACCUUCUUCCCCAUAUUAUGCAGCUGUCAUGUUCCAGCAUUUAUAUCACUGAGUUGGUAACCUUCAUCCUGUCAAUUGCUGUGCUGUGCAUUUGUUUUCUUCUUACACUUGUGUCCUAUGUUUUCAUUGUGUCUUCCAUACUGAGAAUUCCUUCAGUCUCUGGCUGAGUGAAGACCUUUUCCACAUGUGGAUCCCAUCUGGCUGUUGUAACUAUCUACUAUGGGACCAUAAUCUCCAUGUAUGUCCGUCGUGCUUACUUUUCACCGGAAAUCAACAAGAUUAUUUCUGUCUUCUACACUGUUGUCACCCCACUACUGAACCCUGUUAUCUACAGCUUGAGGAAUAAAGACUUCAAAGAGGCUGUCAGAAAAGUCAUGAGAAGAAAGUGUGGCAUAUAUGGAGUAAGAGUGAAAGGAAGUGUCUUUAUUAGGUAGGGAAAAGAUGCUCAGAAGACAGAGUGGAUGAAGUACUGGGAAAAUAAGUGACAGAUUCAUCCUUCAAACCUGAAUCUCCUCUUCAGUACCAUAUUAAUUUUCCAAAAGUCAUAAAGAAACAGCUUCCUCAUGGUUCCUUGCCAACAACUGGUCAGAAAGAUUAAUUGCCUUUAUCAAAU